AUGAUUUGAUUGGAUUGGAAGCAUUUUUCAGAUCCCUUUAUUUCCAUAACCAAACUCACUUAAUUUAUUUCUUUUACAGACAAAACAAAAUAUUUUCCAAUCCCAAUUUUCAACAUUAUCCAUUCGCCUCGUUUCUACAAAUUCCAAUUUUAAUAAUUAUUUUUUAUCACAUAUAAACAUUACUAUACUCUCUUUCAAUCAUUUUUCUAAACAACAUGAUGAGAACAAGGCAUCAAGAAGAUGAACAAUCGCGAGCUUUAUACGAACUAUCCGCCAUCGUUCUCAACCUUCUCCGUUCUCCUCCAAUUCCCUUCAAUUUUUCCGAUCAUCCAUUGGACCAACCGUUACGGCGUUCGCCUCCGCCUCAAAUCUCUCCCACGGGUUUCGCCUCUUUGCUUUUGGGAAUCUCGAUGGCUUUGAUGCUCUGUGGAUCCGUCACGUUCUUCAUAGGGUUCGUGUUGAUGCCGUGGGUUAUUGGAUUGGUUAUUCUUCUUUACGUAGCUGGAAUCGUUUCCACUCUCUCCGAUUUGGGGCGUUCUAUUCUCUGCUACGUUUUGCCGACCCCGGACCCGCGUAAGGAUAUUCCCGCCUGGAAGCUUAUGUGAGGUAACAAAUGGAGAAUGAAAUUGAGGUUAGGGUGUUUGGUUUUAUGGUGCCUCAUGCAACUCAAUUAUACAACAAAAUCAAGAUAAUGGAGCAUGAAUCGUGGAUAUCUGGCUUUUUAAUUAAGUUACUGAACUUUGUGAAUAUGGCUUUGGCUUCUCUGUGCAUUACAAAUAGCCAAGUAAAUUCUGAAGAACUGCCCAAAUUUCGAAGGGUUAUUAUUCCCACUUCCGUUGCCGUUAUCAAUUGUUUUACUUGACUUUAGUAGCACCUUGGUGAACUGAAAUCUUAAUAUUAGGCUUUUUAAUUAAUUUCAUCUUGUUGAGUUCUAAACAUGUGUGUAAAUGAGAAGGAAAAUAUGAUCUUGCUCCUGAUAACAGGGGUUGUAUUGCAAUGGAUUGAGAAGAAUAUUUGGAAUCUGAUGUAGCUACAUGUAUGUAACAGCCGGAAUUAUUUAUAUUCAGUUUGCACAUUGUUACUGCUAUUGGAGGUUGUU